UUUUGACCAAGCUAGAUAAAGCAGAUCGUUCUUUUUGCUUCACUAGUGGAAUGGCUGCUCUGUCUGCUGUAGCCCAUCUUGUUGGGACUGGUGAAGAGAUUGUUGCUGGAGAUGACAUUUAUGGUGGUUCUGAUAGGUUGCUGUCAAAAGUAAUUCCAAAGACAGGGGUCGUGGUGAAACGAGUUGAUACAACUAGUUUAGAUGAAAUAGCAUCUGCAAUUGGUCCCUGGACAAAGCUUGUCUGGCUGGAGAGUCCCACAAAUCCUCGACAAAUGGUUUCUAAUAUUCGUUUAAAAUGGCUCAUGCUCAUGAUGCUCUUGUCUUGGUGGAUAACAGUAUAAUGUCUCCUGUAGUGUCACAACCUCUGGAACUAG